AUGGCUACACGGGCAAAUCCGCCCAAGAAGGUCCGGCUCGCCUGUCGUCGUUGUCGCACAAGGCGAAUAAAGUGCGACGGAGAAGUCCCUGCCUGCACGAAUUGCGCAAAAGCCGGCGAAACUUGCCUAGAUGUUGAUAGUCAGAACUCGCGUUUGUUGGUUCCUCGCAACUUUGCGAGCGCGGCACGUGCUAGAAUUCAAUGGCUAGAGGAAAUAAUCAAACAGCGGCUACCUGACGUCGACAUAGCAGGCGGUCCGCAAAUAGACGCGUUUCCGGACCCGAAAGGAUCGGGGGUCGUCGGAGGUGGAGACUACGAUGAGGACAAUAUCUCGACAUCGUCUCCCCGGUCCGGCCGCGGAUGUAGUCAACCGGUGCCGGUGGGAGGGACUAUAGUUCUGGGGUCGCAGCGAUCAGGCAGCCUCAAGCGUACCGCGGAGGCCGCGGGAUCCAACGACCACGACGAAGAGUUCCCGGAUCGUGCACACUCGGUCGCCAGGAACUUAGGGAUGCUAUCGCUCAACUCGGAUUCAGAUCAAAAGCACUAUCUGGGAUCAAGUUCCGGUGUUCUUUUCACGAAUCUCAUUGGGGCGUCUCCCUCAAGUGCGGGCUCAACACCGGUUGCUUUGAUUGAUGACGUCCAAGCCCAGGGACCAGCAUCUGAAUGGCACGACAGCACCAUCCCAAGCAACGUCUCGCAAGAAUAUAAUCGUGCCUUGCACGUGUGUCUACGGCAGGUUCGUAUGCAUCUCUUCUCUACUCAAGAGACUGCAGACUUCAUUUUCGUUACGAUAAAGCUGACGCUCGUCUACGCGCAGGAACUUCCAAGGAAAGAAGACGCCAUCAAACUCGUACACACCUACAUUCGUUGGAUACAUCCCGACUACCCAGUUUUAGAAGCGACAUCUCUACUGAGUGCCAUUGAGGCUCUUUAUGCGACUUUUGAAUGCUCGCUGGAAGAAGAUCCCUUGCCAAAUGGCUGGCCAAGUUCCGUUCAAGCGUUUAGGUGGAAUGGAUGGCAGGUCACCCCGAGCGAUCAAGGUAUGCAAGCGGUGCCUAUGCCCGUUGUUGCUUUUACCCUCUUCAUGGUGUUCAAUAUCGCAGCUAUCAUGAAGAUCAGGUCGCGGAUCUACGAGUUUCCUCCCGAAAGAUCCAUAUCAUCUAUUCAAGGCCGGCCCCUUGGCUUCCGCGACGAAACAUUCGAUAUUAUGAUGCCUGAGCCCCAAUUAUCACGCACAGGCAAUACGAACAGCCUCAACACGAUUCCAUCCUCCUUCUCGGAGGCUGUCCUGAGAUAUGCACGACACCAGUUCGAACUUGAUAGACUGAUUUCCGACGUCAAACAACAACUUUACCAUCUGCCCAACGACUCCUCCUGGUUUCCAAUGCCUCGAAACCCGACUGACCAACAAGGAAGAAUCAAACAAGAGCUCGUGAAUUGGUGGCGAGAGGUGUCUGAAGAAUCUUUUGAGUUCCCCGGUGUUGACAACCGACAGCGUCGCAUCUGGAAGCUGAAGCUGAAGAUCAAGUAUCACACCACGAUGGUGAUGCUGUACCAGCCUUCACAGGUCAUUCGAAACCCUCCUCCCGAGUCUCUCCAGAUCUGCUUCAACAAUGCUUCCUCCAUUCUGCAGGACUACCAAAUGUUGCACGAUAUGCAAGGUCUUCAUCAUGGAUGGCGAACGGUCCAAAACAUUUUCGCGGCCGGGGCGACGCUGAUCUAUUCUUUCUGGACGUGCCCCAUCGUCCGUCAAAGCGCGUCCACGGCCGACCUUUCCAAAAGUCUGCGCGCUUGUUCAGGUCUCUUGGCAGUUGGUGGGGAAUGGUGGCCGUCUGUCAAAAGGGGACAGAGAAGUUUCGGGGCUAUUGUCGACCUCACAGUCCGCAAACUUUACACCGGCAAUAUGCCAUCAAAGAAUCCCAGACUCUUCAUGCCUCUCAGCGCGGAAGACGGAGAGACUGCGAUUGAGAACUCAGAAGGAGCACCUGUCUAUGAUGCAACUGGGCAGCAGUCCGACCUUUCCCACAUAGCGCUCAACGGCGCAGACGCACCCUGGCACCAGAUGGCGGGAGCCUCGAUGGAGCUACCGAAUGCCCACGACCCGGCCUUUCGACUGUCCGGACUUGAAGCAGGAGCUGCUACGAAUUGUUCAUGGCAUCGCAAUGACCAGCACGGUUUGGUAUCGCAGUACGAGUGGAAGGAGAAUGAAAAAGAUGCCGUGCCCUUGGAAGUUCCGUUAAGUCCUUUGGAGCCGUACAACCCAUUGGAUUAUGGAUCGCGACUAGAAGCCCUUCAUGACCUGCAAAAGUCCAAUAAACGACCCCUGACUCUCUCCGAAAAGAUCCUAUACAGCCACCUAGUCCCCGGCAACGAUGGGUGGUCGCUCGACGAAAUACAUCGAGGCAAGACAAUAUUGCGCCUGCGAGCCGAUCGAGUAGCAUGUCACGAUGCCACAGCAACAAUGGCCUUGCUUCAGUUCAUUAGCGCUGGUCUUCCACGCGUCAAAGUUCCGACAUCCGUACACAGUGACCACCUGAUCGUUGCCGAGAAAGGUGACAAGGAGGAUCUCGUCCGUGCCGCUAGCGACCACGAAGAGGUGUACGCCUUUCUCGGCAGUGCGACGAGGAAAUACGGAAUCGGGUACUGGAAGCCAGGAGCGGGAAUCAUACACACAACCAUCUUCGAGAACUACGCAUUUCCAGGCGGCCUGAUGAUUGGCACAGACUCGCACACACCGAAUGCCGGAGGAAUGGGCAUGCUAGGCAUCGGUGUCGGUGGAGCUGAUGCUGUCGAUGCAAUGUCUGGUAUGCCGUGGGAGCUCGUCUGUCCAAAGGUCUGCGGCGUGCGCCUGACCGGCAAACUCCAGGGAUGGAGCUCGUCAAAGGACAUAAUCUGCAAGCUUGCGGGUAUCCUCACUGUUUCUGGAGGUAAAGGCAAGGUCAUUGAGUUCUUUGGUCCAGGCACCGAAACGCUGGGAGCUACGGCAAUGGCAACCGUCUGCAACAUGUCUGCCGAAAUUGGGUCAACGUCUUGCGUGUUCCCUUACUCUGAAGCCAUGUCACGAUACCUAUCAGCCACGAAUCGGAAGAAUAUCGCCAACUAUGCCGAUAUUUUCAAACAGCCACUUCUUGUUGGAGACGAGGGCUGCGACCGCUAUUACGACGAAAUAAUCGAGAUAGACCUGUCAUCCCUUGAGCCUCACAUUAAUGGCCCCUUCACCCCAGAUCUAGCACACCCACUAUCUCAAUUCAAACGACACGUCAGCGAGAGCUCAUGGCCGUCAGACAUCUCUUGCAGUCUAGUCGGGAGUUGCACCAAUAGCUCGUACGAAGAUCUAGAAAAGGUUCGCCAUCUCGUCGUUCAAGCCAAGGAAGCUGGGCUAGAGAAGACAAAGACUCGGUUCCUGGUCAGCCCAGGAAGUGAGCAAAUCCGUGCUACGGCAGAGGAGGAAGGGAUUCUCGAUACGCUCAGACAAGCUGGAGCUGUUGUUUUGAGUAAUUCCUGUGGCCCAUGUGUUGGACAAUGGGAUCGGGAAGACGUCGAUGUGAAGAACGCCGAGAGGAACUCGGUCAUUUCCAGCUUCAACCGCAACUUCACAGGUCGCCAUGACAGCAAUCCGGCCACUCAUUCUUUUGUCACAUCACCUGAGCUUGCCGCAGCAUUCGCCUUCGCUGGCAAUCUCACGUUCAACCCCAUGACUGAUGACAUCCCCAUACCUGGUCCUCAUGGUGCUCCCAAGAAGUUCCGUUUCACGCCCCCUCAAGCUGCCGAGCUCCCGAUGGCCUUCUCUCCAGGCGCCGACCGUUUUCAACCUCCUGUACUAUCGGACACAACAGACUUGAAAGUCAACAUCCUCCCUUCCAGCGAUAGACUCCAACUCCUUACACCAUUUGACGGAUGGCAAGUCGGCAAAGCGCGUGACAUGAACAUCCUGAUCAAGGUGCGUGGAAAAUGUACGACAGAUCAUAUCUCGCCCGCUGGUCCUUGGUAUAAGUACCGGGGCCAUCUGGAGAAUAUCAGCAACAACAUGCUCCUCGGAGCCACCAACGACUUCUUAGGCGACGCCAGCUCAUUGAACAUGGUUGGCAAAGCCAUGGAUCCGGUCGAUGGCCAAAUCAAACCCGUGCCUCAAGCUGCGAGAAGCAUGAAGAGCGCUGGCAUCAGGUGGUGCAUCAUCGGAGAUGAUAAUUACGGCGAAGGAAGCUCGCGAGAACAUGCUGCGCUGGAGCCGCGAUAUCUGGGUGGUGUUGCCGUCAUUGCCAAGAGCUUUGCCAGAAUUCACGAGACGAACUUGAAGAAGCAGGGCAUGUUACCGCUUACGUUCAGUGAUCCCGCAGACUACGGCAAAAUACAGAAAGGGGACCAAAUCACGCUUGCAGACGUCGAAGAUGCUGAUUUGCGGCCCGAUAAACAAGUAACCAUGGAGGUCGUCACCCUACAAGGUUCCAGGUGGACGACCAAGUUGAAUCACAGUUUCGAAAUCAACCAGAUUGAAUGGUUGCGGGCGGGGAGUGCGCUUAACCACAUCAAGCGCGUUGCACUUCGUGGCGAAGCAUGA